GCACCCACCGCGCAUUAUCUCCAAUCCAACCGAAGCCCGGCCUCCCUCCUGACGACGUACGUGGCCGCAGGUUCAUCCUCCAUUCUUUUCCCACAUCCCCCCUCCAUUUCUCCCUCGUCCCCUGGUCGCGUUAUUCUCCAGGGGAAAGGAAGCGAGGCGCAGGGAGGGAGUGUGGCACGAGCACGCCCACCCCUGAAAAAUGGCGGCCUCCUCCCUCUGGCUGCUGCAGCUCCCGUCUCCUCCUCCUCCUCCUCCUCCUCCUCACGGCGCCGUCUUCCUCUCGACCAAUCACUGCCCCUCUCCUCCUUCGGCGUCUGCGUCUCCUCUGCUGCACAGGAAGCACGCGCCGGCCAGAGCCAAAGGCAAUCUUGCCUGCAGCUCAUCUGGUAGCUCCUCGUCCUCAACUUCCUCCGUUGUGACCAAAGAUCAAGAGGGGGCAGCAGCAGCCGCCCCAACUCCGGCAGCUGUCAGAUACGACUACAAGGAUGACCCUAACUUCAGGGGUUGCAAGGGGUGCGGCCGUGAGGAACCAGAGAGGGGCUGCAACGGCGAAGGACGGAUCAUGGGCGGCAUAGCCGCCGUCCCCUUGUUCGGGUGGUGGCCGAUCAAGGCCUACCGGCCGUGCCCGGGUUUCGUCGCCUCCGGCGGUCGGUACCGGCGCUACGGUCAGAGCAUGGACGACGUCAUAGCCGGCAAGGGACGGAAACUCGCCUCCGAGAAGAAGAAAAGUGACAAAUGAUCCACCUCAACCUCAAGGAACUGCAGUGUGCUGGAGAAGGCUGUCCAACCUUCAUAGAUUUUGUUUCAGGCUUGAGGUUGUCUAGCUAGGUCAGAUUGUACGGCAAAUGUACUCCACUCUUCUACCUGGUGAUCAUGUCUACAUCACGCUUGCUAAAUCUAAUAAUAGAAGUAAAACGGUUUCAGGAAA